UAAUAAUAAUUCUUUUGAUGAUGUAUUGAUAUUGUUAGGGGUAGAUUGAUGUUGGUGUACAUGUGUCAUUUGUCAAAAUUGAGAAAUGCAUAAUCCCUUUUCAUAAAUGCUUUUUUGCACUUAGAACUGUGAUUAUGUAAUUGUGAGCGGUGCCAGGAGAAAAGAAGAAAGAUGGGAACCGUCCGCAACAGAAACUGUAGAGUUGACAGGUACUGUGGAUAUUAGGCAUCUCCUUUUAUUCCUUAGCCAAGAGGAACAAAAAAGAUCUUACAAUAAAUAUAGAAUUGUUUUGUCUAAACACACAGGAGAUGUAGUGCUCAGAGUAGUAUACAAAGAGGAAUAAGGAUGAGAAGAAAGGUAUUAAAGUAAAAUCAGACAUGUGAGAAAACAAGGAUAAAAAAGGGGAACCUCUCUACUUCCUGCCUUGCACAUCCUUCACCUUUUAUGAAUGAAAUUUGCUUUGUUCCACUCUCUUUUAAGCGACUACAAUUUAGCACGUUAUAAGCAGGCAAUAAAAACGAGUCAGUCUGCCAAGAAUUAACUCAAUCCUGUGAAAAAUGAAAUUUGCCCUAAAAAAGGAAACCCUUCAAGUAGCAAACCCAUUUGUUUUGUUUUUUUAUGCAGACAGGGAGGAUGCCAAAAAGAUGGCAACAGAUCCAAUGUUUAAACUUGAGCAUGGAGUUAAAGAUCAAGAGAAACUCAAAUCAGUUCAGCCUACUCUCGGCCAACUGCAGGUAAAUGUCUACAAGAUACAUUAUCAUCCAAGGCACAGUUCAGACGUCACUCCGCUCAUGUGCCCUACCUAACUGAUGUAAGUACGGCAAAAGAGUGGUGUGUGAAUCAGGCACUGCAGUUUCAGUUUGGUGUGGCAAAAGCGUUAAGUUCAACAGAGUCUGUCAAACUUUUGUUGAACUUAACUUAGGCUCAACACAUGGUACAUCGUCUGAAUCAGAUGUCGCGCCAGUAUUGCUUCAAAGUCAAAAUUAUUCAAUUAGGUUCGGCACAUGUAAAGUGUCUGAACCAGGCCUCACUCUGUCUUUUGACAGCAUCAACACCAUGGCAACUGGGCAAUUUUGUACUUUUAAAAAGCUUGAGAAAACAGGCAAUUCUUUUUGACACUGCCUCUGGUUUCCCCACUAAAUGACAUCUAAGGAAUUAAACAAGCACAGAAAUUCCAUACUGAUGAUGUGUCACUACCCAGAUUUGGAUAGUGCUUCUGAUUGGUUGAAAUUUGCUUCAAUCAAAUUAAUAAGAAGCAUCAUCAAGACCUGGGUAGUGAUGUGUCAUCAGUAUGGACAUGUCUGUUGGCAUCGAGAAAUGUCAACUGUUUUCUCGGGCUAACUUUUUAAGUAGUGAAAUAAGAAGAGUGUCUUUAAAAAAUACUAAACAGGUUCUUUUUAACAAGUUGCACGAAAACUCAUUGUUAGUGAAAAAUCACCAAACCUGAUAUAGUCAAAUCCUGUUGAUAAGGUCAGUGAAGGGGUUAUAGAAGGCAUCCGUACUGAUCGUGGUGUCCUAUUAAGUGGGUAUCCAUAAAGUGGGGGAGCAGGUUUGACUCUAUCUACAGUGGCAGAUUCAGACCUUCAGAUAAGGGGCGGGGAUGCGGUCAUCCAGACCCUGAGAUAAAGGGGGUGGGGGCAGUGUUAAAAUUUUUUUUUGGCCGUUCAGGGCUCAGUUUGGUCUAAAAAUAAGGGGGCCCCCCAGGCCUCUCCUCUGGAUCCGCCACUGACCUAUUACUCGUGUGCCUCCCUCCUAAGAAUUGGAUCUCAAAAAAGUUCUUGCUCAGAAUAACAAGAAAAAUAAUUAUUAACUUGGAAAACACUUUAGGAAGUUCAGUCAGUGUGGAAGGAUGAUUAUGCUGCUAAUCAGUUGCUCAGGAAGAAAUUCCGAGAGACUAAACACGAAGUGAAAGCUCAGGAGAUGAAGGACAGUGAGCUGAAGCAAAGAGCAGCAUUAGAUGUGGCUCUUGUGCCAGAGAGACUGGAGGAUAUUGAACUGGCAAAGAAAAUAAGAUAUCAUGGAGAAGGUAAUAAAUAAUAAUAAUAAUAAUAAUAAUAAUAAUAAUAAUAAUAAUAAUAAUAAUAAUAAUAAUAAUAAUAAUAAUAAUAAUAAUAAUAACAUAUUUAACUACGGUAAACCCGUCAGCUGAAGGUGUUAUCAAUGGGUGCCCUGGGCAACUAAAAAAUUAACAAUUAAAGGAAAAAAUAACUGUAACAGAACAACUAUCAGAGAAAUGUAAAAACUAAGUACAAUGACGAUGGAUGAAAACUAAGAAUUAUAAAGCUACGUAAAUUAACACUCUAAAAAGCUCUAAAAUAUUUACAAGAACUCUAAAAAAUAAUAUCAUAAAGAAGUGUUUUAAAAAUCACUAAGAAGUCAACUUCCUUCAGACGGGGUGGCAAGUUAUUUAAAGUCUGGGCUCCAGUUGUUCCUUUCUUGGCAGAUUCUGUACGGACUUAAAAUAUCUAAACCAUUACACCUAGUGGAAUAAACAUGUGAAGACCUAAUAAAAUAACUCUUAAAAAGAUUUGGAGCAAUGUUAUGGAGAAUUAACUUUACAAGCAUCAACUUCCCGCUGUUGCUGUUUUAAGACCCACUGGCUGAAUCCGCGAGUGGGCAAGAUGACUCGAAUUCUGCGUUCUGAUUGGCUACCCGAGCGAGCGAGAUGGGCCCAUCGUGCUCACUCGGGAUUUCCCGCGCUGGUCCCGCGCGAAAACGUUCUCCUUUUGGCUGGCCAUAUAAAUCAUAUAUUGACCAAGCUUGUUCGUUCAUGGUCAAUAUAAACGCAAUCGGCAUUAUGAAAACAAACUUGGCCAAUAUCCAGCCAUCUCGACCGAAUACCCUUGCUCAAUAACGGUAACCGGUCAUUUCGGCCCCAAGUCAUUUCGCCUUUGUUACUUAGCCCCCUAUUUUCGAGUUUUUCGGAGUGGCUAAGUGACUCGUGUAUGGGGGUAUGACUUUGUUUUUGGGAGCUAAAUGACUCGAAAGUUGGGUGCUAAGUGACCAGGGCGAAAUAACUUGGGGGCGAAAUGACCAGUAACCCCUGAUCAGAAACCUCUCGCUGAGUAGACCGGUGCUCUCCUCACUGAGCUAACCGCUUGAUGUAACCAGUCUUUGUGUUUUGGCUUACUGGGGGCUGACAUGAUAAUUUUUAACGAAGCGUACGCUGAGCGCCCCUCAAAUUGUUAACAUUCGCCUCUUUGGCUGCUCAGCUGAUAGAACAGGGACAAGAAAAAAACUGUGAACUUCCAGGAUAAAAAUGUUCAUGGUCUUAAGCACAUUGAUAACAGUACUGUUAAGCUUUUAAUUGCUUUGGUUCUGUUUUUGCAGGAUUUGAUGAGCACCGUCGUAAAAGACGGUUUGAAGUCAACAGCCGACCAAUGUUUGGAAAAUCAGACGAGAAAAGGGAGAAAAUAAAUCAUCUGUUAGGAAAAAGGAAACAAAUGGCGUUCAACUCGUUUUCUAAUCCCUCUAAAGUCAACNAAUAAUAAUAAUAACAUAUUUAACUACGGUAAACCCGUCAGCUGAAGGUGUUAUCAAUGGGUGCCCUGGGCAACUAAAAAAUUAACAAUUAAAGGAAAAAAUAACUGUAACAGAACAACUAUCAGAGAAAUGUAAAAACUAAGUACAAUGACGAUGGAUGAAAACUAAGAAUUAUAAAGCUACGUAAAUUAACACUCUAAAAAGCUCUAAAAUAUUUACAAGAACUCUAAAAAAUAAUAUCAUAAAGAAGUGUUUUAAAAAUCACUAAGAAGUCAACUUCCUUCAGACGGGGUGGCAAGUUAUUUAAAGUCUGGGCUCCAGUUGUUCCUUUCUUGGCAGAUUCUGUACGGACUUAAAAUAUCUAAACCAUUACACCUAGUGGAAUAAACAUGUGAAGACCUAAUAAAAUAACUCUUAAAAAGAUUUGGAGCAAUGUUAUGGAGAAUUAACUUUACAAGCAUCAACUUCCCGCUGUUGCUGUUUUAAGACCCACUGGCUGAAUCCGCGAGUGGGCAAGAUGACUCGAAUUCUGCGUUCUGAUUGGCUACCCGAGCGAGCGAGAUGGGCCCAUCGUGCUCACUCGGGAUUUCCCGCGCUGGUCCCGCGCGAAAACGUUCUCCUUUUGGCUGGCCAUAUAAAUCAUAUAUUGACCAAGCUUGUUCGUUCAUGGUCAAUAUAAACGCAAUCGGCAUUAUGAAAACAAACUUGGCCAAUAUCCAGCCAUCUCGACCGAAUACCCUUGCUCAAUAACGGUAACCGGUCAUUUCGGCCCCAAGUCAUUUCGCCUUUGUUACUUAGCCCCCUAUUUUCGAGUUUUUCGGAGUGGCUAAGUGACUCGUGUAUGGGGGUAUGACUUUGUUUUUGGGAGCUAAAUGACUCGAAAGUUGGGUGCUAAGUGACCAGGGCGAAAUAACUUGGGGGCGAAAUGACCAGUAACCCCUGAUCAGAAACCUCUCGCUGAGUAGACCGGUGCUCUCCUCACUGAGCUAACCGCUUGAUGUAACCAGUCUUUGUGUUUUGGCUUACUGGGGGCUGACAUGAUAAUUUUUAACGAAGCGUACGCUGAGCGCCCCUCAAAUUGUUAACAUUCGCCUCUUUGGCUGCUCAGCUGAUAGAACAGGGACAAGAAAAAAACUGUGAACUUCCAGGAUAAAAAUGUUCAUGGUCUUAAGCACAUUGAUAACAGUACUGUUAAGCUUUUAAUUGCUUUGGUUCUGUUUUUGCAGGAUUUGAUGAGCACCGUCGUAAAAGACGGUUUGAAGUCAACAGCCGACCAAUGUUUGGAAAAUCAGACGAGAAAAGGGAGAAAAUAAAUCAUCUGUUAGGAAAAAGGAAACAAAUGGCGUUCAACUCGUUUUCUAAUCCCUCUAAAGUCAACAGUGAUCUGGUAAAACUGGGUAUCAAGGUGCGAAGAAACGUGUUCACAAACAGUGAGGACUCAGAAGAGUGCUUAGAUAAGGACACUUCUUUUGGGGACCGUGGGGUUGGUACAGUUAACGAUCCUUCAAAUCAGGCCUCUACAGUAGAGGACACAGUAGUUGAUGAGAAAAGGACUGAUUGUACUUUGAAUAGAGCACUGGCCUCUUCCGUUCCUGAUACACCUGCUCAAAUAGGCACUCGCGCGCAACCUUCACCGGAAGUUACGUCACAGUUUGCGGUGUCGUUUCCAACGGAGAAAGGUGAAUUCACAGAGGCGCAAUGUCUUACGAAACGACACGCAGAGUUGAAAAAUAUCUCUUUGAGUUUACCUGCUGUGAGAAAUCUCAAGACCACGGAACAAAAUGGUUUUUCCCAGUCAACUAAUGAUAAUUUAACAAGCAAUCAUACUUCGUCUGGUAGAUCUUUGGUCUGUUGUGAUUAUACGGACUCGAGUGACGCUUCGGAUGACACAUCGUGA